AUGGGCUUCGUCGCGAUAUGCACCGCCAUCUAUGACUACUACCCGCAGAGCGCUGGGGAGUUAGAGAUCAAAGAGGGGGAACUGUUAUAUAUCCUGGAGAAGAGCGUCGAGGAUGACUGGUGGAAGGCAAAGAAGAAGGCAGUCGGUGACGAUGACGACGAACCUGAAGGCCUGAUCCCAAACAACUAUGUUGAAGCCGCGAAACCCGCCCAUACUGCCAAAGCUCUCUAUGACUAUUCUCGCCAGACGGACGAGGAAGUUUCUUUCACCGAGGAUGCUAUACUGGACGUCUAUGAUACCUCCGACCCCGAUUGGACCUUGGUUGGUGUUGGUGAUGAUUAUGGUUUUGCGCCCGCCAACUACAUCGAGAUAUCAAGCUCGGUCUCUGCUACACCCGCUCUCCCUCCACGGUCCCCCUCUGUGCGUUCAAGAGGAUACUCGAAUCCGCCGGUAGCUGAACCAGAGGCGCCCGCAAGUCCGGUCUCCCCGGCUCGACCCAUACACAGUCCGGCCGCCAAUCUAGCCCGCGUUUUGGGAGGCGGACCUCCCGCUUCUCCAACCGCUGCUCGAACCAUAUCGUCUCCGCCACCUGCAAUCCCUCGUCAACAGUUCACUCCAGAUGCCUCAGACGAAGAAGAGCCUGCCCCAGCUCUUCCACGACGGCCGACGUCGCACGAAGUUUCUCAAGGUCCCCUUCCUUCUCCCCCUUACAAUCGAGCCAUUCCGCAGCCGGAGGAUGAGGAGGCCGCAGUGCGAUCGCCUGGCGGUUUCCACUUAUACAACAUAAGUGAAAUGGUGUCAGCCAUGGGCAGGAGGAGGAAAAUGCCAACAACAUUAGGAAUCAACAUUGCAACCGGAACCAUCAUGCUCGCUCCCGAGAAGUCGAGAGAUGGGCCUUCGCAGGAAUGGACCGCGGAUAAGAUGACGCACUAUUCCAUCGAGGGCAAGCACGUCUUCAUUGAGCUUGUCAAGCCGAGUAAAAGUCUGGAUCUGCAUGCAGGUGCAAAGGAUACUGCAGAGGAGAUUGUGUCAGCACUCGGGGAAAUUGCUGGUGCUCAGAGGGCCGAAGGUCUCCGGGAGGUCAUGACUGCUGCCAGCGGUGGCGGCACUCACAAGAAAGGAAAGGUUCUUUAUGAUUUCCCAGCGCAAGGUGAUGAUGAAGUCACAGUUGGCAUAGGAGACGAGGUCAUCAUCCUGGAUGAUACCAAAUCUGAAGAGUGGUGGAAUGUCAGACGCCUGAAGAAUGGCAAAGAAGGCGUUGUGCCGAGCAGCUACAUUGAAGUUACUGGGUUUGUCACGAUAGAGCCGCCUUCGCGCUCGGGUGCCAAUGCUGGCUUGUCGGUGGUUGAUCAGAACCGACUCGAAGAAGAACGGCUGGCAAGAGAAGCAGCUCGAGCUGACAGAGCCCGUCAAGAUGCGGAGCUUGCGAGAUCUCGCAGCGAAAUUCCCCAGCGCGGCAGCAGCCUCGCCGAUGAGCAACCCCGCCGACGAGAUAGGAGAGAGAAGGAUGAGCGGAAGAAGGGUCGGUCGAAGCCAGACCCUGAGAAAGUCAGAACUUGGACAGACCAUUCGGGGACGUUCAAAGUUGAAGCGGAGUUCUUGCGAGUGACAGAUGGCAAGAUUCAUUUGCACAAGGUCAAUGGUGUCAAAAUUGCCGUUCCCGUAUCGAAGAUGUCCCCCGAAGACCUUGACUACGUUGAGCAGGUAAUUCACGAACCGAUCGAGGAGCACAUUCCAGUGGCUGAUUUGAUUAAGAUGAGACAUCGGAAUCAAGAACAACCAAAUUCUCGGCCUGGAGCCAGCGUUGGGCCCAGGGCAACAGAGCAGCCGAAAGCCCCUGAGUACGAUUGGUUCGAUUUUUUUCUCUCGGCCGGUGUUGGUCCGCAUCAAUGCGACCGAUAUGCUCAGGCCAUGAUCCGCGACUCAAUGGAUGAAAGCGUCCUUCCUGACAUUACGCCCGAAACGCUGCGAACUUUGGGUUUCAAGGAAGGCGAUAUACUCAAAGUCAUGAAGUUUUUGGAUCAGAAGUUUGCACGAACGCGAGCUCCGACCACCAAUGGCACCAACGGAGAGUCAGCACAGGGAGGCCUCUUCUCGGGACCUGGGGGAACUUUGCACAACAACACACGCAGAGGCAGGCCGGAACCCACCCGGUCGACAAGUGAUGUUGUUGACGCCGAUGCCUUUGCACCGAAGGAAGAAAAGAAGCCACCUUCAGAUGCAAGGGCGACACCGCUCACCCAAGCGCCUCCAAGAGAACCCGUCAAGAGUGGUUUCGACGAUGAUGCUUGGACGGUCAAGGCACCUAGCCAACCAACCGCCGCCUCACAACCUGCUCCUGCUGCUGCCACUCCAUCGCCCGCGCCUAAGCCCCCCACGGGAGCAACGAAAGAUCUAUCCUCCCUGCUCGACGGACCUUUGCCGGCGCCACUUCAGCCUACUCCCGCGCCUGCUCCCGCGCCGGUUCAACAGCCACCACCUCAACCUCAACCACAGCCUGCUCCCGCUCCCGCCCUGUCUCCCCCAGUACAACAACCUCAACAAACCGGUGCCAAUCCUGUUUUCUUCUCACAACUGAACCAACCUCCGGCACCGCUGCAGCCCCAGACGACUGCGUUCCAGCCGCAGCAGCAGUUGAACGUCCCCCGACAGCGACCCUUGGCACCACAGCAGAGCUUUGCCGGUGCAGGGCUGCUCCCUCCUCCGCCUCGCCCGACUUCUGCUCCUCAAAACCCUCAACUAAACCAAUUCGGACUGCAGCCUUUGCAACCACAAUUAACAGGCAUUCCACGACCAUCCGCCCUGCAAGCUCCUCCUGGGCAGAGCUUGAACGAUUUAUCGCAACAGCGUUUGCAGCAGCAAUUCCAACAGUUGCAGCUGCAACCUCAGGCUACCGGCUUUAUCCAACCAAACCAAGGUAUCGGGCAAUAUGGACUGGCGCCACAACCUACCGGUUUCCAGCAGCCGCAGCAAUUUGGCCAGUUCCAACAGCAACCAUAUAUAAAUGGGAAUGCGGCGGGAAGUCCUUUUGCGGAUCCACGACCACCUUUCCAGCCGCAGCCCACAGGUAUACCAUUUCAACAAAGCCCUCCCCCGGGUGGCAUCAACACGGUCCUUCCACCAGCACUGCAGCCGCAAAGAACUGGGUUUGUGUCUCCUGCUCCACAACCUCAGAUCAAUGGGUUUGGUCCUGGCGUCCAAGCCCAGACAGGAUUCCCUCAGCUAGGACCUCUUCAACCCCAACAAACCGCCUUUCAGCAGCCACUGCAGCCACAAGCCACUGGCUUCGGGCAAGUGCCGCAGCAAAACGGGUUUGGGAGCUUCCAGCCGCCCCCUGUCCCAGCGCUGCCACCUCUUCCUCAACUCCCGACCAUUGCACCUCUGCAGCCGCAAAAGACCGGCCCCGCCCCUGCUGUGAAAUUCGGCGUUCCUGAAGCCAAGAAGUUGACUCCUCAACCGACGGGUAGAAGAGCAAACCUGGCCAAUGCGAUGUAG